AUGGAUCCCAUUAUCCUGGCAAAGUUGCACUUCUUCAUGAGUAUCUCAAGAACUUUUCAGCCAUUUCUCACCAAGUACCAGACAGAUGCCCCGAUGAUUCCCUUCUUAGGCAGAGAUUUGGAGGAUCUAAUGAGGAGCCUUCUCAGGCGGUUUAUAAAGCGAGAUGUUCAGGUUGAUGUUUCCCCAGUAAAUCUGGUCAAGCUUGAUGUGACAGACCAAAAAUUUUGGGUCAGUCCAAAGCAAGUGGACAUUGGCUUGGGAGCCACAGCUGCCCUCAAGGGCAUGUCAGGCAGUCAGGGUGGAAGUGAGCGUGAUGUGUUACAGUUCAUGCGAGACAGCCAGAGUGCUCUGUCAAAAAUUUGUCAGAACAUUCUAUUGAAGUGCCCACUGAAGUACCCCACUGUCCGAAAUAUGCUGUGCCUGGACCCCCAAAAGAUGCACACUGAACCAGACAUGUGCUUGAAAAAAAUGAAGGCCCUCGUCAUGAAAUUUGUGCAGGACAAGAAGUUGUCAGGAGGAGUCACAGCGGGUGAUAAGAUUGCACAACAGUUUCAGAAGUUCCUGUUUAAUGAGGCCAGAGGAGAGGAAUUCAUGGUCUUCAGUGCAUUGGAUGGGACAUUGCGAGUUGACAGCUUCCUGCAUAAGGCCAUGAAUGGAUAUGCAGAACUUUGGAGCUUUGUGGAAAAGCUACUGCUUCUGUCCCAUGGACAAGCCACUGUGGAGCGUGGAUUCUCCAUAAACAAGGAGGUGGAGAUGUGCAAUAUGAACGAGGACACUAUAGUCUCACAGAGACUGAUCUGCGACUAUGUGAGGAUGUGUGGUGGAGUGGUCAAAGUGCCACUAACUAAAGAGCUGCUAAAUGAAUGUGCAACUUCACGCAACCGGUAUAGGAUCUUCUUGGAAGAUGAGAGGAAGAAAAAGGAAAAGGCAAAACAGAUGAACAAGAGAAAAGGGGCUGAAAAUGAGCUUGAACAGCUACGCAAGAAAAGAAGAACAAUCUUAACUGUGUGUGACACUCUAGAGAAGGAGGCAGAUAGCCUUGCAGAGAAGGCUGAGAAUACAGCUGGGACCAAGAUGGCAGAGCUCAUCACUAAAUCCAACUCCAUGAGAAAAAGAUGCAAGGACAAGAGAGGGGAGUUGAUGGACCUAGACCAUGAAAUUGAGAAGAGAGUGGCAGAGCUACGCUACAUGUCUUGA